UGAAGACUACGAUCCACGACGCCGCAAUCGAAAGUUCUCGAGAAGUUCCUCCGCGCUAUCUCAAGACAGUUAGCUCUCCGGGAACACCGAUUCGUGCUGCAGGGAUGAGUGAGAAACUCUGUUAUAAUAAGGGCUGCGGCCUUAAAUUCAACGAGCAAGAUGAUUCGGAAGGGGCCUGCCAACAUCAUCCCGGAGCGCCAGUUUUCCAUGACGCGUACAAGGGAUGGUCGUGCUGUAACAAAAAAACCACAGAUUUCACAGAAUUUCUCAAUAUCAAGGGUUGCACGAAGGGUCGACAUAAUCCAAUCAAGCCUGUUGAGCCCCCCAAGCCCAAAGUUGAUGAUUCAGAUCUUCCGUUGCCUGAGCCGGCAGCGUCUAAGCCGAAGACGAGUUUGACCAGACCUCCGGUCACGCAGAAAAUGGUCCGUUUGCCUCAAACCGUUGGAGCGUCUCUGACGCCCUUGCUCGAGAAGCUGAGAGACGUCGCAGACAUCAAGAAAGACGACCAGGAGAAGACGAAUGGAGUCCCAUACGGAACCCCCUGUAAGAACUCGGCUUGCAAAGCGACAUACUGUGGCGAACAGACGAACGAGGAGACGUGUAACUACCAUGAAGGCUUCCCAGUCUUCCACGAGGGGAUGAAGUAUUGGAGUUGCUGCCAGAGGAAAACUUCGGAUUUCAACUCCUUCCUGGAGCAGGAAGGAUGCGCCAGCGGGAGUCACUGCUGGGUUAAGAAGGAAACCAAAGACAGCGCGGUGGCUUGUCGUUACGACUGGCACCAGACGGGGAGUCAGGUUAUCAUUUCUGUGUUCGCCAAAGCUUCCCUACCGGACAAAUCGUUCGUUCAUGCGAAUCCAGUCAAAUGCAAAAUUCACAUAGUUUUCGGGGAGAACCAAUCGAUUUUCGACACAGAGAUCGUCCUCGGAGGGAUUAUCGACGUCGCGGCUUCCUCGGUUGAGCAUUUGGGUGCUAAGGUCGAGAUCAAAUUGAAAAAAGCGGAGCCGGUCUCAUGGAAGAAUUUGGCCUUCGUCGGACCGGCAGGAGAUACAGCAUCUCGCGUGACCGAAGAUCUUGACAAAGUGGAUUUAGACGAUGUAGAAGUUCUUGUAAAUCACGAGGCGGUGGAAGAUGCGAAGAGAAAGUUUUUCAAACAGGACGAUCGUGGAUAGAGUUUCACUCAUUAUCUUAAUAAAAUUGAGCUCCACGUUUU